AGCUGCACUUUCAGUUUCACCUAGGCCGCGGACUGUCUCAGUAGCUCAGAUUCGAUAUCAGCAGCGUUUCAUUCAGUGUUCGAUUCUUCGAAAACCGAGUCAGAAGUGAAAAUUUUCCUGAAGCGUCAGAAAAAAGCGCACAGUUCAAAGUGGUGUGUCCGUGCUUAUUUUCCUCCGGAGUGGUAAAAACUAAAAAAAUCGUCAUCCAAACAUACAUCAAAAAGGGAAAAGUCAGUGCGUCGCGGUGGCAAGGCGAAAAACUUAAAAGUAAAAUAUAGAAAAUAACCACACAAAGGUACACGGCAAAGACGGCCCAGUAAGCUACCGGAGAAAAGUCGCGCGUGUGUUCAUAUAAAAGAAGCAGUGCAACAGCAGUGAAGAUAGAGAAGCGAAGGCAACCGAAGAUAAUAAGUGAAAACCUUUUGCCGCAGAUAGUGAAGUUUAACGAGGCUUAUUUCCAACUCCUCCGUUUGCAUCUCUUGUAAUAGAGGGCCAGAAAAAAGCUCCAAGGCUUUCCGUCACUACCGCAAUUUCGUCAGAGAGUGUGUAGCAAAAAUAAAGAGGGCAUUCCCCGGGUAACAAGUGAAGAAAAGUGUCGCGACUCUGGUUCCAGCUCCUCCUCCUCCUCGCGUGUGCCGCCAGUCGUAAACAAAAAGCUCAAUUUCAAUGAUCAUGGCGUUCAACGGAAACGGUGCCGGCGGUGGCCAGGACGGGCCCCACAACAAGCGUCUCUGCACCGGCCAGGAGAUGAUCGAAACGGUUCCACUCAACAGUCGGAACAACAACAACAACAUCAACGUCACAGACGAGCCUCGGCGGAAGCGCGAGGUAGCAACCCGGCCCAACCAUAUCCUGCUGUUCACCAUCAUCAAUCCAGUCUAUCCGAUUACAGUGGACGUUCUACACACCAUCUGUUCACCCAACGGACAAGUGCAACGUAUUGUGAUAUUCAAGAAAAAUGGAGUCCAAGCUAUGGUCGAGUUCGACAGCAUUGAAUCAGCAACCCGCGCCCGUGAAGCCCUGAACGGCUGUGAUAUCUACUCCGGUUGCUGCACACUGAAGAUCGACUACGCCAAGCCAGAAAAACUCAAUGUUUACAAAAACGACACGGACUCCAGUUGGGACUACACAUUGGAAGCAGCUGUCACCAAGGAUGCCUGCAAUGGACGGGCUCCGUUGCUGCACGAUCCGAACAUCUUCGGCGGAAGGCCGACCCCAUACAAUGAUCGUCAAACAUUAGUCAACCAUGGUCCUAAACCAGCCCUCCUGGGAGCCGGUGGAGGAAACGGAUUCGCGCCUAACUUUUCACCGCCCGAGUUCCACCCGUCGGAAAACUGGAAACCCACCCCUGCCGGAACACACGUCGGACUGAUGAAGGACCCGCCACUGACCCGAAACGGACCAGCCAACUUCAUCCAGCCAGCACAGCAACAGGGCGCAGUGAUGAUGGUUUACGGACUCGAUAACAGCACAGCCAACACCGAUAAGCUGUUCAAUUUGUUCUGUUUGUACGGAAACGUUGUCAGGAUAAAGUUCCUGAAGACCAAAGAGGGAACCGCCAUGGUCCAGAUGGGAGACGCUAUCGCAGUGGAACGCAGCAUCCAGCACUUGAACAACAUUCCAAUCGGAAAUGAUGGUAGCAAAAUUCAGAUUGCAUUUUCCAAGCAGAACUACUUGUCAGAGUCCACCAACCCCUACACCCUGCCGGACAAUUCGAUCAGCUUCAAGGACUACAGCGCCUCCAAGAACAAUCGUUUUCUGUCGUUGACCCAAGCCAGCAAAAAUCGCAUCCAGCCACCAAGCAAGAUUCUGCACUUCUUCAACACCCCGCCCGGUAUGUCCGAGGAUCAGCUGCUGAACGCGUUCACCAGCAAGGACUGCCUCCCGUCGCAAGUGCGAAUGUUCCCGCUGAAAUCGGAACGGUCCUCCUCCGGAUUGGUUGAGUUCCCAAGCGUAGCUCUCGCCGUGAACGCCAUCAUGAAGUGCAACCACAGCGCGAUCGACCACAAAGGAACGAAAUUCCCCUUCAUCAUGAAGCUCUGCUUCUCCUCGUCCAAAACGAUGAACGGCGCAUGGAACAACGAAAACAUCGAAAACAUGAACACCAUGGGCAUGGCGCAAGCUCAAGGCAACCCAAUGACGGCAACCGCGACGGUCUCGUCUGUGGCGGCGUCCUCCACCGGGGUCGUGAACAUCCAGGUGACGGGUCACAAAGUCGAUGACGAACCAAUGUAAGCAAGGAGCGUCCGGUAGCAUAAAGCAAAUGACGACCCGAACGGGUUCGUCAGCAAUCACCCACCAUCAAAUACAUCAUCUACAUUAGCACUCUAGCCAGCCAAGGAUACCUUCUUCCCAUUGUCACAGGUCGUUUCCAAGCUUAAGUCGAGCCUGCAAGAGAAAGAGCGACUUUGAAGACACCCACUUACCCAAGGAAGGAAGGAGAGAAAUGAAAUAAUAUAUCAAAGCUAAAAUUAAGGCACAGUCCAACGUCGUCCGACAACCCAAAUUAUUUAUUGCUAGAAAAAAAAACUUUAAGGAAAGCAUUAUUCCGACAACGUCAAAUUGUACAGGAGAUACCUUCUGCCCGUCACGGCCAUAUGGCGGAACUUUGGGAAGCAAGGUCAUCGAUUUUUAAAACCAAAAAGGAAACAUUUUUCCACCCUUCUGAAUUCCUGAAUUGUUUUGAUUUAUACAAUUGUGUUAGUUUCGUUUGGUCACAUUCAAGAUCAGUCGAAGUAUCAUUUAAAGAGGAAAAAAGGAGACACAGCAGUGAGGAACGCUGAAUGAAAAAGACAUUAUUUAUUGCAUAGUUUCGUAAGGCACUCUUUAGCGAUUAGGAAUCAUUAUCUUUGUUUUCAUAGAUUUUUUUUCUCAUAUAAGCUUCCUUCAUUUUGUUAUUUUUAGAAGUGGAAAACAGAUUUUCCCUUUCAUUGUAGUUAUUGCAAUUGUUCAUUCAUUUUUGUUUUUCAUUUUUAAUUGGAUUAGCAAUGUAGAAUAGAAAGAGAGGCAGCAGAUUACAAAAAAAAACACACAUUUGUUGAACUGUUUUAGAAAACAUAAAAAUUUAAGAAACCUGCGUAGUGAAAUUAGUUCCAAAUUGUACAUUGCAAUUGUAUAAUGAAAAAAAGAAGAAAAUGAGAAGAAAAAAUAUUGUCAAAUGGUGAAUUGGAAAAUUCAGUUUAGUGAUUAAGUUAGUAACAAUAAGAAAACAAAAAAAGCAAAACAAUUGUAUAGAAUCGUUUUAAUUUCCAUAAGUUUCAAUCCCGAACUACAACAGAAACAACAAUAACAAUCAUCACAAUUGAGUAAAACACGGCAAACACUCGUUACACACAUACAUAUACAAAACAUAUACAUAUGAUACACUACCACACGUGUAUAAUGAGAACGAAGGCAUGCGACUGCGUGACAUCACAUCUCUCGACUCCACGGUCACUCUACAUACCUACUCUAAGAAAACUACUACACAAUUGAAACGAAACAAAAAAGUAUCCAAAACAUAAGAGCGUUCCCCCCGUCCGAUAGGGAUGUCUUCGAAAUUAUCAAUACAAAUGUGCACUGAAGGGGGGAACGACUGCGGUUUUUGGUUUUGAGUCGUCCAAUUCUCAGUUACUGAUACUGUUUUUUUUUUUGUUAGGGUGAAAUAUGAAACGAAAUGACAAUUCAAACCACGUGAAUGGAAAAUUUCCAAACAAAACCAGAAAGCUACUUCUCUUUCGUCGGUUAUGUUAGUUGUUAGGAAAGUUAGCUCAUUUUUGUACAUUUUUAUACAAAUUAAUCUUACGUGAAGAAACCUCGUUUUAAGCUUAGAGACGAUAGGAACGUCGAGUGAGAGAAACGCGAGACGCUGCAGAGAAGCUAGAACGUAUGACAAAGAAUACCGUUGUUGAGUUUGUUAUUUAGUAUAUUUUCUUUAUUAUUUUCAAUUUGUUUUUUUUUCUUAUGUUAUUUUUGGUUCUACAUUUUGAAACAAACCUUCCAUCCUUCUUAGACCGUUAAUUCGUUUUCUUCCAGGUUCGAUUUGUUCAUUUACUAGCGAUUAAGUUUCUACAUUUAUCUUCUACUGUCCUUAACUUCAGUUACGUUUAGGAAGACGACGAAGCGAGAUUCUAAUUUCACAAUCAAUUUAUCUGAAACGAAAGCCAAAAAGAAGCCAAUACUGACUGCCAUCUGCGGGGCAGCGCGAUAAAGUAGUGUGCAAGUGCAAAUGGAGAAAGAGACUAUUAUUUGUUGUUGAGAGAAGAAAAAAUAAAGACGCCACACCGAGCAGUGAAACGCCGAAUGUUGUCGAAUUGAUUGUGAAAGUUGCGGUCCCUUGAGUUCGAUUUCCCUGUUCAUUUCCGAGUUUGGUUCGAUUCUUCCCUUGGUUCCCAUUCGUUGACUUUUUUCAGUUCAGAAGCAACAUAUCCCACACUGAAACGAAUAAUGAAUACACAUUACAGAUUUUACCGAAACAGCAACAGAAAAGAUAACACACACAUAUUUCGAGGAAUAUCUUAAAAUGCGAACCAGAGUAUGGAGCAAAAGCUCUCAAUUCUUAAUAAGCAUAUUACCAAGAGGAAAAGAUGACGCAUAUUUAUAUUUACAAGAAAAUUUGUCAGAUCGAACAAGUCUUAAACAUAUUGUAUAAAGAAGAGAAGAAAAAAUAAUCAAUAAUGUAUGGUGGUCCAAUGUUGAAAUAAUAUCAUUUUAUUAUUAUUAUUAAAAGAAGAUAUUGCGAUAAACAAGCAUAACCAAUAACAACUAAAACAAAAAAAAUCUAGUGAAAUGCAUUGCAACAUAAAACAAACUCCAUUCAGCUCGCCGAGAAGUUCUAUACAACUUCACGAUUAAGGGCCAAAGUGAGACAAAAUAUCGUAGAAGGAAAGGAAAACCCGAUAUCAUUUUAUUCACGUGUAAUUAAUAAGGGGCUCUCAUACUGAACAGAGCAUGCGAUGAAUCAAUUAUUAGUUUAAACACGGCAAUCAUCUCUCUCUAAUCGGAUACACUCCAAACCUAUCCCCCCUUAUACGCGUCGUCGUCGGUGUUGUUACUUUAGUGAGCAUAUGUUCCAACAUAAGUAGGACCCCAAAACGAAGACGUCCUUCUCUAGUACCUAGUAUCCAACUCUCCCUGGCCCCCUCUUCAUCCCAAUCAGAAUAACGACAGCAAACGUCUCCGUCUAGUGAAAGUAAUGGAACCAUGAGUUAUACAACUGCAGUUAGCGCAGGCCAUCAGAGAAAACCAUAUCUCACAAUCUCCAAAUAGGCAAUUAUUUUCCUCCGUUAUAUCUACAUACUGUAACCAAUUAACGAAAGGCUGUGGAUGUGUAAAUGUUUUGUUAUGUAUGUGCGUAAGAUAACCAGACAAACGAUUAC